AUGUAUCACUUGAGUGACCCACAGUUACUGAAAGGGGGUCCAGCCAGGUUUAUUCUUUUAUCCUUUUAUAUUAUUCUUCUAAUUGCUGUGAAUGAUGAAACAAAAAGGAGCGGGGAAGGAGCUUUUGCCUCAGUGACCACUGCAAGUUCCCAUGACCGUUUUCUGGGGUCAGCAGCGGGCUGUGUGCAGGGUCUCUGGGACACGCUGGUAGUAACACGGGGAAUGCUGUGUCGACCUGGCAAAGUGAACGGAAGUCCCUUGGCAGGCUUUGCCAACGGAAUGUGUCUUUACGACGAGUGGGAGGGAGGCUCCGUUUGGAGAGAGCCAGUACUCUUGCUUUCGAUCGAGUCACUGCUUGAGGGUGGGGGGAUGCGUACGACCCGCAAAGUGUCCGUGUGGCCCGUGGGACUGGUAGGAGGACGGCGGUACGAGCGCCCGGUCGUGGAGAACGGCAAAGUGGUCGGCUGGUACACGGGCUGGAGAGCUGACAGGCCCUUUGCUAUUGACAUGGCAGGAUUUGCUGUGAGUCUUCAAGUGAUUCUGUCGCAUCCAAAAGCCGUAUUCAAGCGGCGCGGUUCUCAGCCGGGAAUGCAAGAAUCUGAUUUCCUGAAACAGAUAACGACAGUGGAGGAACUGGAGCCAAAAGCAAACAACUGCACAAAGGUUCUUGUAUGGCACACGCGAACAGAAAAAGUGAAUCUAGCUAAUGAGCCAAAAUACCACCUGGACACAGUCACCAUUGAGGUAUGAUGUGGAGAUACAGUUACACAGAAGUACAGUACAGUGGAUGUGUCAGAAGGUGUUUGAAUUCAGCCAGUUAAACAGCCUGCUUCUGUGUGAAACCUUUUAACAGGCAUCUGAUGGACUCCUGUGGAAGCAAAAGGAAGCUGUCAGAUACUCUAAUAAGCAAAUCAAGUGGGUGUGCUUCGUUCUAACUUGUUUGCAUGCAUUUCUGAACUCUCGUCUUAAUAAACUGACACUUACCUUUGUUUUAAGGCUCUUUCCACAUAGUAAAAUGAAUCUAAGAGAAAUCUGGCUGCACUGGAGUAUUUUCAAAAUCACCAUUUAUGUAUAUACUUUUUGUAUUUAUCCAGCUUAAUGGCAUAAUUAUAAACUGGUUUUAACUCACAAA